AUGGUCCUAAGUGAAACUCUGAAGAUCCUGGUCGGACAAGAAGGUGUAAAGGACAGGGGAGACUGGGGUUUAGGGGGCUGGGGCGCAGGAGGAGGGGGCGGUACGUUUGUCACCAGGAGAGACAACAAGCCGCUCAUCAUCGCAGGGGGAGGGGGAGGGGGAGGACUGGGGCUAACAACUCACAACUCCCUGUGUGACGGAACUGUAUCCACUACUGGCAACAAAAGUCCUGGAGAAGCCGGCUGCAGUGGAGGAUCUAACGGACAGGGGGCGACAGAAUGGAAGGGUAACGCAAUGGGUGGGGGAGGGGGAGGGCUGCUGACAGAUGGAGGGAGUUCUAGACGAUAUGGAGGCGACAGUUGUCAGAGUGGUGGGGAGGGUGGGAAGGCGUUUGUGAAUGGUGGAGUGGGAGGGCGUUGGUCAUGCGUCUUUGGUGUUGAUGGUCGACUCGUUAUAUCAGGAGAUAAUGCUGAUGGUGGGUUUGGUGGAGGUGGAGGGGGUUAUGGGAGCUUUGGUGGAGGAGGUGGGGGAGGAGGGUACUCGGGCGGAGGCAGAGGAGAGUAUAGGGUCAGUAAUGGAGGAGGAGGAGGCGGCGGUUCGUUUAACUCCGACCAACCGUCACGGUCAGAGACCCCGGCUUAA